ACAUAACACAAUAAACAUAAUUUUAACUUACAAAAUAAAUACCAAAAAAAUGUGAAUAAACAAGAAAAGUAGCUUAGUGAAGUACAUCCAAAAGUUGGUGUUCGAUGAACUGUCAAAUCAUAUGUACCUAUCAUUCAAUCACAUAAAAAUCAAUCUCAGAGCUUCAAGUGCUACCACCACAUCAGAACGCAGCUAAUAAGUUCAAAAAAAAUCAUGUUUUCUCCCAACUCCAAUUCUCCUAGUGUACCCUCAUCACUAAACCACCACCUCCCCUCUUCCUCUUCCGAGCAGCUCUGCUAUGUCCACUGCAACAUCUGUGACACCGUCCUCGCGGUGAGUGUUCCGUGUUCAAGCUUGUUUAAGACGGUGACAGUACGAUGCGGCCACUGCAGCAAUCUCCUCCCAGCUAAUAUGCGAGGGCUGCUGCUACCAGCUGCAGCACCUGAUCAGCUUCAGUUUCCUCAUUCUUUCUUCUUUCCUCCUUCCACUCAUCACAAUUUCCUGGACGAGAUUAGGAACACGGCUCCAGACCUUGUUAGCAAUCAGCUGGCGAUCAGUGACUUUUCUCCGUCAUCUGGAAUUGGAUUAGGAUUUGACGAGCAUCCAAGACCUCCAGCCAUUAACAGACCUCCGGAGAAGAGACAACGAGUUCCCUCGGCCUACAACAGAUUCAUCAAGGAUGAAAUCCAACGCAUCAAAGCUGGAAAUCCGGAUAUCAGCCACCGAGAAGCUUUCAGUACUGCUGCCAAGAAUUGGGCACACUUUCCACACAUUCAAUUCGGUAUCAACCUCAUGCAUUCUGAUCAGGCUACUUUCAAGAAGACUACAGCGACCUCAACCGUGCGUCAGCAGGGUAAUGCAGAUGAUACUACUCUUGCAAAGGAUUGCUUCCCAACACCAGCUAUAUAGCAUCGGUGUCUCUCCUUAUUACUAGUCGACAACAAUGAAGCUGUCAAGUUUCAAUUUCAGUUGUUGAGUUUCAGAAUUAUGCAGAAGUGAAAAAGUUCAAAAUUUGCUAAAAUCUUAAUUAGAUGCUUUGUAUUAAGUGUAUACUAGCGGUAGUAUUUUUCACUUAUAUUUUGAAGAGCUAGCGCUAAAUGCACGUCUAAAAUUUCUUUGCAUAUUAAUUACUUCUCUUGUUAUUUUAACUAUUUUUCAGAGCUGAGGUCGACCAAAGGUUGCUGAUUAAGUUCUUGAGCUUCCGUCUUUGGCAUGACUAUACUUGUCUCUGAUCCCUUGGAUCUUGGAAAAAUCAUCCCCAUGCAUAUUGUCAUUUAUCUUUCAAAUACCCAUAUUACCAUUAAGCAUGCUCACUACACAGGGCGGGCUCAAGAAGUUUUGUGGUUUUAGGCGAAUAUCAAAAUGAGGCCUAAUUUUACAAAUAUUCAGAUAUUAUAUUCGGCCUAGGAGUUGUUUUAGUGCGUGCAUAGUGAGUUUUCUCCUUCUCGUCAAGCUUGGCCCAACCAAAGUCCCAGAUUUUUGGGUUAAGAAUGUUGUUAGCUUUGAUGUCUCAGUGAACAAU